AUGGCUGAGCGGGUGCUGGUCAUCGGCAGCGGGGGCAGGGAGCACGCCCUGGCCUGGAAGCUGGCACAGUCCCCCCAUGUCAAACACGUGUUCGUGGCUCCGGGAAACGCAGGCACGGCUGGCAACGGGAAAAUCUCCAAUUCAGCUGUAUUAGUGAGCAAUCACACUAUUGUCACCCAGUUCUGCAAAGAUCACAACAUUGGGCUUGUGGUAGUCGGCCCAGAAGCUCUUCUGGCAGCUGGCAUCGUGGACGACCUGAGGGCAGCAGGAGUUCGGUGCUUCGGGCCCUGGGCCAGGGCAGCCCAGCUGGCCUCCCACAGCAGCUCCAGCAAAGCCUUCCUGGAGCGCCACGGGCUCCCCACGGCACGCUGGAGAGCCUUCAGCACCGCCCAGGAGGCCUGCAGGUUCAUCACCAGCACAGACUUCCCUGCAAGGGUGGUGCGGGCGCAGGGACCAGCGGCCAGGAAGGAGGUGACCAUUGCAGCCAGCAAGGAGGAGGCCUGCAGAGCUGUCCAGGAGAUCAUGCAGGACAGAAUGUUUGGAGAGAUGGUUGUUAUUGAAGAACUGCUUCAAGGGGAAGAACUUUCUUGCUCCUGCUUCACCGACGGUGUCACCGUGGCCUCCAUGCCCCCGGCUCAGCCCCACAAGCGGCUGCUGGACGGGGAGCGGGGUCCCACCACGGCGGGGAUGGGCGCCUAUUGCCCCGUGCCCCAGGUUCCAGAAGCUCUUCUAGAGCAAAUCAGGGGUGCAAUCCUCCAGCACCUUGUGGACAGCUUGAGACAAGAAGGAGCAGCCUAUGUAGGUGUGCUGCAAACAGGUUUGAUGCUGACCAAGGAGGGGGUGAAGAUUUUAAACUUUAAAUGCCAGUUUGGGGAUCCCCAGUGUCAGGUAAUUCUCCCUCUGCUUAAAAAUGAUUUUUAUGAAGUGAUUCAAGCAACAAUUGAUGGCAAACUGUGCAGCUGCAUGCCAGCCUGGCUGGAGAACAGAACUGCUGUGUGUGUGGUCAUGGCCAGCCCAGGGUACCCAGGAGACUCUGACAAAGGCAUGGAGGUCACAGGCCUUGUGCAGGCCAAGGAGCUGGGGCUGCAGGUGUUCCACGGGGGCACAGCGCUGAAGGACGGCAGGGUGGUGACCAGCGGUGGCAGAGUCCUGUCCGUCACUGCUGUCCGGCAGGACCUGAUGGAAGCCCUGGGAGAAGCCAACAGGGGUGUGGCCACCAUCCACUUCCAGGGGGCCACCUUCAGGAGGGACAUCGGGCACCGGGGCCUGCGGCUGCUGCGGCAGCCCCUGGCCCUGAUGUACAAGGACAGGCACGUGGGAGCUGGAGCCAGGGAGGCUUUGAGCUGUCUGCCACAAACAUCAGCUGUGAGAGGCACCAGGGCAGGAGGGCGCUCAGAAGGAGGAGGCUUUGCUGCUUUCUUUGACCUGAAGGCAUCUGGUUAUGAUGAUCCCAUCCUGGUGUGCCAGACCAAGGGCCUUGGACCCAAACUGCAGGUUGCCCAGGUCUGUAAAAGACACGACACCAUCGGGCAGGACCUGGUGGCCAUGUGUGUCAAUGACAUCCUGGCCCAGGGGGCUGAGCCCCUCUUCUUCCUCAGCCAUCUGGCCUGUGGCAAACUCGAUGCUGAAGUGAUGGAAACCAUCAAAGAAGGAAUAGCUGAGGCUUGCAGGAGUGCAGGGUGUGCUUUCCUGGGAGAUGUUUUGCUGACCCCAGGGAAGAUGUUCAGCCCAGCUCUGCUGCCCGUCCUUCGCUCAGGCCACGUGAAGGGCUUUGCCCCCACGGCCGAGGGGCUCCUGGGGGGCAUCUCCAGGCUCCUGCCCGAGCACGUCAGCGCCGUCCUGGAUGCUCUCAGCUGGAAGAUCCCUGAAAUCUUUGGCUGGCUCUACAAGGAGGGGAACCUCUCUGCAGAGGAGAUGGCUCAGACCCUUCCCUGUGGGAUCGGGGCCGUCUUGGUCGUGCAGAAGGAGCUGGCCCAGCACGUUCUCCAGGACAUCCAGAGGCAGCAGGAGGCCUGGCUGAUUGGGAAGGUGGUUGCCCCUUGUCACACAGGUUCUCACAUUGUAGUGGAGAAUCUUGCAGAGGCCCUGCAGCUGAGCAGCCCCCAGCAGCUGCUGGAUGCCAGCACUGCUGAGAUCCAGCCCCAGCCCAGGAAGAGAAAGGUGAAGGUGGCUGUUCUUGUCUCUGGAGCAGGCACGGCCCUGCCUGCCCUCAUCGGCUCGGCCCGGGAGCCGGGCAGCUGUGCCCAGCUGGUGCUGGUCAUCUCCAACAGACCCGGCGUGCAGGAGCUGCGCAGCGCCGCCCGCGCCGGGAUCCCCACCAGGGUGAUUGAUCACAAAUUGUACGGGAGCCGCUCGGAAUUCGACAGCACCAUUGACCGAGUCCUGGAGGAAUUCUCUGUGGAGUUGAUCUGCCUGUCAGGGUUCAUGAGAGUUUUGUCCAGCCCUUUUCUCCGAAAAUGGAAAGGGAAAAUUUUGAAUGCUUCUCCAUCACUUUUUCCACUCAUCAAGGAUGGGAAUGCCCAGCAAGAGCCCCUGGAAAGUGGGUUCAGAGUCACAGGCUGCACUGUGCAUUUUGUCCUGGAGGAGCCGGGCGCCGGCGCCGCGAUCCGCCGGGAGCCGCUGCCCGCGGGGCCGGGGGACACGGAGGCAGCGCUGGGCGAGCGGCUGCAGCAGGCCGAGCUCAGGGCCUUCCCCCUGGCCCUGCAGCUCGUGGCCAGCGGGGCCGCCUGGCUGGGAGCCCACGGAAGAACGUGCUGGAGGCGGGAGAGCCGGAGGCUGAGCCCGGACGAGGAGCAGGGAGCAGGAGCGGCCUCUGCCGAGGAGCCCCCGGAACACGAGGGCCUCUGGGCCGAUCCUUGA